UAUGUUGAUAAGGAUUUCUUGAUCAGAUGAUACUCUGAACCCCGACCUUUGAGUACUCCCUUGCUGUUCCCACCAAGUAGGUCGUCCUCACGAAAUCAUGAAGCAAACACUUGCCCUUUUUUCUUUGGUGGCUUUGGCCUUUUCUUGUGUUGCGGUGGCCAAAACCAUUCAUGCACCCAAAUCCGAGGAUGUUGUCCUUUGUGGCAUCUGUCGAGUUAUCGUGACAGAAAUUGACAACUUCUUGACUUCCGAUCAAACCGAGGAUGAUGUUAUUGAAUUUGUUGAACAGGUCUGCAAUAUCUUCGAAGGUGUCAGCCAUGGAAUCGCCCAAACAUGCAAGGUCUUCAUCGAAGAAAAUGGUCCAGCCAUCAUUGAGAACCUGGUCAAUGAUAACUUGAGUCCGGACGAGAUUUGCAUCGACGCGCUAGAGCUCUGUGACCCCGUGGUCAAUACCACCAUAAUCGCCGUUGGUUAUUAAAUCAUUUGAAAUAAAAGUACAGCAAGGUG